GACUUGUAUCAUUUCACACUGUUUGCUGUGCUGAUAAACGUUAAAAUAUGAGACCAUUUCUCAUUAUAUUGCAUUUAUUACGUAGCUGUAUUCCAGUAAAGAAGUAAUUAUUUUCUUUCAUAAAAAGACUGUAAGUUUAUGUUUCAGUUUGCUAUAUUAGUAAAUUUUAUUACAAUAUGGAUAGCCCCAAUACAAAUCGCAAGCAAAAAAAUCUUAAAGAUGUGUUGUCAGACGAACAAGUUGAUUGUAUAAUCAGGAAGAUGUUGGGCAGUGACGGCGAAUGGCGCGUGACCAGCUCCGAGGUGAAGCCAGCCGCGGACGGGAUGACCGGGUUCCUGGGAGACCACCUCAGGGUCACCCUGAACGUUGCCGCGGGAGACGUCAGCAAGACCAUACAAUUGUUCAUAAAGCGACUGCCGACUGACAACCCUGAUAAAGUUGAUUGGAUUGCAGAAUAUAACUUCUUCAAGAAGGAAGCCAUGGUGUGCGAACUGCUCGACAAGCUACACAGUGAUAAUGACACAGAACCGUGGUGUGUGAAGACUCUAAUUGCCACCAAUUCGAUAGUAGUUAUGCCUGAUAUGCGUCCGCUGGGCUACAUCAACUGCAAGCUGCCAACCUUAGACCUGCCACACCUGCUGCUCGCCGCCGCGUCCGUCGCGCGCUUCCACGCCACCACCACCAAUUAUGAAAAAAAUAAGGUUAAUCAAAACAAACCUUGGACAUUUUUACAAGAUCACGCAGAAAUUCUUAUAGAUCGCCAGUUCAACUCAUCCAAAGAUGCCCCAUUUAUGCGAGCGAGCGCAAAAGUAACAGCGAAUGUUAUAAAAACAUUCUCCAAUAAAUACAAUGAGAUAUUGGAUUUGGAGUCAAGGAUACUUAAACUGUUUACACGAGCUAGUGCCAGUCUUCGAGAGCAUGAGAAUACGUUAAAUGUCUUGCUUCACAAGGACUUGUGGAACGCAAACAUACUGUUCCGAUAUGAGCAGGGGGAGCCGGUGAGUGCAUUGAUCAUUGACUACCAGUGUCUCUGCUACGGACCUCCCGCCUUCGACCUCAUGAUAUUGCUGUGUUGCACUACUUCUAGAACCUUUAGGGAUCAGCACGAACUGACUGUUCUUCGACACUACUAUAAAGUUCUUACAGAAAAUUUUAAAGAUACAACGAAGCAGAAACUGGUCGAAUUGGGAUAUGACGCAAAGGAAUUCCUUCAAUGGUGUGAGAAGGCACGGAUGUUUGCCGUAAUGCAGGCUGCAGCAUAUUAUCCAUUUCUCAUGGAUCCAAUAACUGCUCAAAAAGUGUACGACGACCCAAAAAAGUUCAAGGAAGUAAUUUUAACAGAUCGGACCGUGCCGGUGUUGGAGUAUUGCCGUCAGAACCCUUGGUUCCUAGAGCGACUCCUGGAAAUUUCUGAAGAGUUUGUUGAGAAGUAUUUGGAUAAAUAAAUUAAUAAAUUAAUUACUUACUUAACAAUGAAUUAUUCUUCUAAUCAUUCAUGCUUCCAAAAUAAUAUGUCAAUCUGAAAGUAUGUUUAUUUAUCCUUAUCGGAGGAUUGGAAUCAAAACGGAGGAUUGGAUAGAAAUUAUUUAUGGUGUGACGAUAGUUAGGUGAAGAAUGACAUCGGCUACUAAGUAUUUGCCGCAAGCAGAGUCGCAGGUAUUUAGGUAAUCACAUAAGGAUUAAAAACUAAUUGGAAUAUAAAAACUAGCCAGGAAGGGGACAAAAAUGAUAUAUAUACCUAUGUACCCAUCAAUCUACUUAUUUAAGGUUUACUCCCUAACACUUGGCUGUAUUCCAGAACAGUGGAAUUCAUUGACCAGAAUGCCUAAUACGCACGUAUUGUUUAUACAAGCAAACCUUAUUUCAAGUAACAAAUGUGCAUUCACUGUCUUAGGUUUCUCGGUGUGCAUCCAUUGUAAGUGUCACGGAAUCUGGAGACCAGCCAGUCCGGCGGGCUGGUAGCCUUCAGGGAUGCCUGCACCACAGCUUGGUUGUUUAGUUACCUGCAUACCUCAUCAGAUAACGUAGCUGCGGUGCUACAAAUAGAUAUUAUGCUUCAUUUGCACUUAUUUUACGCAGGGUAACUGGCCUCGGCCUAGGUAACUCAAUUAGGUAUUAUGAUUGGUAAAUCGUGUUUUACAUCUAUCAUUUUGUUAUCAGCUCAUAACAUAUGUUUUUGUAUAUUUUUUCAACAUGUAGGUACUUUGUUAUACUAUUAGUUUAAAAAAUGUAAGAAAAUAAAAUAAAAUAUUAUACACGUAUUACGUAUUGCGUCCACACGUUCUCGCUUUUUUUUACACGAAGCGUACACGAAAUGGGUUAAAGAUACGGGCAUUACUAACGUGCUACAUAUUUGUAUGUUUCGUGGUAGGCCUUCUGAAAGUGCUUAGAAUCGCAAAGGCUGAUGCAAUGAGUCCAUAUGGCCGCAGACCAUAUGUCCUCAUGUUCUCUCAUUAUGGGCAGAGUUGUCACCGCCAUUCACUGGCGCCAUAUUCAGAAAAAAAAGUAGUAUCAUACAAGGUUUCAUAAUAGGUCAAGUACCCCAGUGUGGCGUAUCCAGAAUGGCAAAAUGUUUACAUGCUUAAGUACUUAUUAUA